UGGCUACCAGUAAUGUAGUAUAUAUCUACAACACGAGUUGACCUCCCGUUUAUAAAAACUAUACACGCACUUUGACUCAGCAUUUUGAGCAAGCAUCAACAAGUUGAAAAUUGAAAUUCAGAAAUUCAGAAGUGUUUUAAAGUUACUUCUGUUUGGCCAUGCUGUACGGUUUUUACAUAUUUAUCAAUAUUUGUAAAUUUAACAACAAACCCAAUGGAUAUAUCAAAAGUCGAAUCACAGUCAAACAAAAACAAAUCAUUAACAAGAUGGAGAAAUUUAAUAGCAUUUUGGAUCCUCGGAUUAUGUAACAAUUAUGGAUUUACAAUAGUUGUUAGUGCUGCAAAGGACAUAUUGCAUGAUCAAUUUAACGAUGGUAAUAAUUCAACUUGGAAUGAUGGAGAAAACUUGAGAGACUGUAAUAAAUUAUCAACUGGAGCAAUGUUACUAGCAAAUAUAUUACCAUGUUUAAUUGUCAAACUUACAGUUCCAUUUUUGCCAUUUUACGUUCGGCUUCGUAUAACUGUUUGUGUCGUAACAUCAGCACUUGGUCUGCUAUCAAUAGCAUUAGGUGAUACAAAAUUUUUAACAAUUUUUGGUGUUGUACUUGGUUCAAUAUCAACUGGACUUGGUGAAAUAUCAAUUUUACCAUUUCUUCAUAAAUAUGCCAAAGAAAAUAUAACAUCUUGGAGUUCUGGUACAGGUGCAUCUGGUAUUGUUGCUGCAAUGGCAUAUACUGCAUUGAAAACAAUUUUAUCAACUAAACAUACAAUUCUUAUUAUGUUGAUAGUACCACUUGCACAAGCAAUUGCAUUUGGAUUAAUAUUAGUACCACCAAAUGAUAAAUUAAUAAUUAAUGCUGAUAAUACAGAUAAACAACAACCUCCUAAAAAAACAAUACUCAAAAAAGUAUCAUUAUUACCAAGGCUAUGGAUUUACUAUGUACCACUUGGUCUUGUUUAUUUUUUUGAAUUUUUUAUUAACAUGGGUUUGUAUGAACUUGUACAGUUUGAUAAAAUUUGGCUUGAUAGUAAAGAACAGUAUAGAUGGCUACAUACUGUUUAUCAAAUUGGUGUAUUUAUAUCACGUUCAUCAACAACAUUUAUUACGUUUGAUAGAGUUUGGCCAAUGACAGUAUUUCAGUUUGUAAAUGUAUUAUAUUUUGGUGUUGAAGUUAUUUACUAUGUUACACCAAGUAUUUGGAUUGUUUUUGCAAUAACAUUGUGGGAGGGUUUGCUUGGCGGUGGAGCAUAUGUUAACACAUUUUGUAAAAUGUCUGAUGAGAUUACACCAGAUGAUCUUAGAGAUUCACUGGGAAUUGUUACUUUUGCUGAUGCACUGGGUAUCACACUUGCAAGCUGGGCUGCAAUUGGUGUACAUCCAGAAAUAUGUAAAAUGCCAAGGCCAACAAAUCGUUUUCAAUUUUCAAAUAGUUGAAAAAAUUUUUCUUUGUGUUUAUUGUUUUAAAUAUUUAUACCAUGAAGGAAUAAAGUAUUGUUUUUUUUUUUCUUUUAAAUUUUAUUAAUGUGAUACAGAGAUUCCUAGACUUUUGAUACCAAUGAUUAUUUAAAAAAUUAGCUUGUCAAUUUAUUGUCAAUGAAAAUAGCAAGGAUUUUUUAAAAAAAUUUUAAUCAUUGUUUUAGGAAAGAAAAACAAAAAAAAAUAAUAGUACUAUUUUAUUUUUUAUAUUUAUUUGAAUAUUUGUUCUUAUUUGAAUAUGUUGAUGAAAAAAAAAAAAAAAAAUGAUUAUGUAAAAAUAAUCAUAUUAUCAUCAACGUUUUGAAAAAAAAAUAAUAAUCAAUUUUAAUUUAGCUGAUUUUAUUUAUUAAUUAAAAUUAAUAUAUUAAAUUUUAUUUAAAUAUUUUUGUUAUCAAUAUAAUUAUUUUUUUACAAGAAAUGUUUUUUUAUUUUGACUAAAUCUGUUUAUCAUUCAAAUAAUAUUAUUGAUUAACAGUAAAAAAAUUAUUAUGAAAUUUUAUCAUAAAAUUUGAGAACAAGUUUUAUUUAUAAUUUAACAUUUUCAAGUAAAAUAUUUGAGAAAAAGAGAAUUAUAAAAAUUGAUCGAGUCAAUGACUUGUCAUUUUUUAUUGUUGUUAUUACUUGAAGAGUAUCGAAAUCAGAUAUCAUUUUUUAUUUUACAAUUAUUUAGCCAUUCUUGCUAUAAAAUUAUUUUAAUAUCAUCAAUAAUUUUAUUGACAUUAUGACGAAGUUAAUGAAGCCAACAACAAUUAAAACAAAGGUAAAAUAACAAAAAAAAAAUACAAAGAACUGUUAUUGUAUAUUUUUUUUUUUUUUAAAUGGAAUUUAAUAACUCGUUUAUCAUUAAUCAACAAGCGAUAUCAUUCGUUAUUUAUAAAAAAAAAUAAUAAAAUAAUUAAUUGUGGUAAAAAAAUAUCCUAGGUAACAGUAGACAACGACAAUGUGACCUUUGAUAACAAUUAUGUAUUGAUUAUAUUAUUUAUUUGUUUAUUUAUUUUUAUUUUUUUAGUAUGAAUUGAUAUUGCUUGAUAAUAUCGAUCUGAGUUAUGCGGAACAAUUUUGAUGAUUUCAAGUUGAUUAUAAGAUAGCUGUAUUGUUAUCAAGAUCAUUUAGUAAAUUUAUUAAAUUUAAAAGUGUUUGAAUGAUGACUAUUUUUACAGGCAAAUGGUCAGAACACAACAUCUUGGGGUGAUAAUGGUGACACUGGGGUUGUUGGUUUAAUAAAAGCAAGACGAAAUUCCAUAUUUAAAAUUGAUCGUCUUUGGAGUGAUGCAGGUGA